UCCAAGGAGACAGACCCAGGAUUUGGUCUCCGAAUCCCGGGGCCCGGCCCCCAGCGCCCGGGGGUAGCGACGGCUUUGUGGCGCGCGUGGGUUCUACCGCGGGCGGCGCGGAGGCGGGGCUGCGCGGAGGCGUCCACCACUCUCAGCCCUCGGCCCUGCAGCGGGCGCCCCGCAUGGCCAGCCCCGCGCGGGCCGGUCACCCCGCGCGUAAGAACAGCCGCCUGGACGCGUUCCUGCGGAGGCAUCUGCCGCCCGAGGUCUACGACGCCAUCCGCGCCUACGAGCAGUGCAUCGUGGUGUCCGACACGGGGAAACACACCUUAAAGUACGUGCUGCUCAGUGACCGGCUCAUCUACCUGACCGAGAACCCGCUCCAGUCCAUCCGGCGAGUCGUGGCGCUCCGGAACAUCGCGGCCAUUGACCUGCACCACUUGUCCAGUCCCUUAUUCAAAGAAGAGAAUAAUGGCCCUGCCUUUUGGAGAGGCAAAAAGCCUAAAAGUUUGAAUGAAUCCCUUUUCAGGUACCACCAAGAGAGCAGCACACCACCAUCCAAGGACUCAACUCUUGGCCCUCCUUCAGACCUCAAGAAGCUGUCCCUUCAUGGCCAAAGUGCCUGUCGACCCUUACCUACCCCCUCCAGGAGGAGCUGUCAGCCCACAUCAGCCACUAGCAAGGCUGUCGGUGUGCCAUUUUGCACCACAAACACAAAAGAACCCCAGGGACUUUCAGAUCACAAAGACUCUCUAAGUGAAAUCCCUUUCAUCAGUGGGAACGGAAAUGAGUUUUACUUAGGAAAUUCCUCCCUGGCCUCCCCUUUACAGAGUAACCCAAACCUAGAGAAAAAGGAGUCAAAACUUCAUUAGUACAUUAUUUCCACAACUUCAUCAAUAUUUCUGCACUUAGAAAGUUCAUGGAACAAUUAUGUUAUAAAAGUUACUCUUUUACAAGAUCCCCUAUAUGUUAGUGAGCUCAGUCCUGCUACUGGAAGUCAAAAGCCAUAUAGAUCUGAGGAGAAAAUUAAGCACUUCAGUCAACUUAAAUCUGAACUUUUUCUUAAAGACAAUACUUUGAGGAAGAUACUUUGUUUAAUUACAAAAGUAGCAGCCCCGAAAAACUUCAUUCUGAAAAGGCUUUUCUGGAAAACCAGUGACCUUUUUUAUUUCCUAGUAAACAAACUUCAUGAGUACUUGCCAGAGUCUAGGGAUAAGAAUGCACAUCAAAAUAAAAGCCAAAGUGUUGGUGAGCUGGUGGCAUGCAUUGAAAUUAUACAGACUCUGGGACUGAUGUUCAGAGAAACAGAAACUGAGGCAUCACCCCUGAACACAUUGGCAGCUAAGAAGGGAACACUAUUUAACCUCUUGGUAAUUUUAAUUAGCGAGCCUCAGAUUCCAAAAUCUUGUCCUGUGUUUGACAUCCAGUUGGUGGCUGAUUCAGCUUUAGUUGAGAUGUCUUUUGAUGCUGAGUUACAGAAGCUUAUCCUGGAAUAUACAGAUACAGCUACAGCACUUUUAUAUGAGAUACUCCUUGUCUUUCAGCAGGGAAAUCUUGGAUUGGGGUCAUCAAAGUUUGCUAUUAGCUGGAUGAUGUCCUUUCUACAAAGUCGUCCUCCCAUAAUUACUUUUGUGGCCAGAAUUGUGAAACGAGUGGUGAAGGGGCUUUCAGCUUCAUUUCAGCUGCUAAGUCCUGGCCAAGCAGUUCUGUUACACCAGCAGUUUUACAUCCUCAAGAGCUGCCUGCAGUACAGCAAGACUUUAGCUGAGUUUAUUAGGAAUGACUAUAGAGAAGAAUUCAGGUACUUUAUUCACAUGCCAGCCUUGGAAAAAAGGCUCCCAUUAUGUUACCCUAUUACCCAACCUACCACUCAACUUUUUCAUGAAGUUCUGAAAUUGGUUGAACAGAAACAAUGUGUGAAAUGUUAAUAAGAGUGUAAAAUGUGAAUUGGGAGUCAACUUAAUAUUUAUGAGAAACACUUUUUGAUUUAAUUUCCAGCUAUUCCUGUGUCCUAUAAACAAAGAUUUUAUUUGAAGGUUCCAUCAGUACCUCUCUAAGAGAAGUGUUUAAAGUUUUUAAUCUGCUACAAAAAAGAAACUGUUUAAAUACACUGACAUACAUAAAGUGGGGUGAAAGACUAGCGUUCUUCUAAAAGAAAAAGUUUCUAAAGACAUAAAGGAAACAGAAACCCAGGAAGAGCAAAUGUAGAAAGUGCAGGCUGAUGAGUUUUGUUGUCUAAUAAUGGUGAGUGGCAUGAAGCCACUGAAAUAUCCAAAGAUAAAUUGUUGUGGGGAGUAUAAAUUACAAAGUGAUCACAUUAGAGAAAUGCUGGGCAAUAGGAUGCUACCCUCCUUUUCCACCUGUAAAAAUUCUAGUGACAUAAGUAUUCAUGGAAGAACAAGCAGAAGAAUACAGGGAUAGCUAUAAGGAAGGUCAGUUCCUCAUUUAUCAUGGGGAAAGAAGCUUGGAUUUUCUUCAACAGCACUGAAUGCAUUCUGCCACUCUGUUUCAGGCACCUGGGGGCUAAUGUGAACAGUGUUGGUACAGUUUCUAUGAAAGAGAAACUGUCUAUUAGCAGUUAAGGCUCUUCCAGUUGUUUAAAAAAUGUCUUCACUAUAUCUUAUGGUAAUAAGCUAAUUUAAUCCAACAAAAACCUUAACUUUGGCAUCCCUGUGGAGCUACUGAAUUUGGGCUUUUAAGAACUUAGGAACUGGGUCCUCCAUUCAACUUACAACUUAAGGGAGGAUCAGAGAAAAAUCCACCACCAAAGAAAGAGCUCCCAAGCCAGAACUGCCUGUGCUGUUCAGUGGAGAGAGAAUUAAACUCACUCAGGACAUCUUAUUUCUGGUUCUGGCUAAGCCACUAAUCUACUGUUUGACCUGGAAAAAGUCAGGUCUCCUUUCGGGGCCUCCUCUGCUAUGUGGAAGGGUAAGGCUAGAUGUUCUCCAAGUUCUCUUCCAACUCUAACAUUCUCUGCCUGUGAUGAGACACUUCUUAACACUCUGUAAUGGGGUAGUGUAUUCCUGUGCACCCUGGCUCAGUGGAUGAUUUCACAUUGAUUUCAACAAUCCUGCUUUCUUUGGACUAAACAUUUCCCUUCUGGCUGUCAUCAGCAUUGCUCUAGAAAGUGUCCAAGGCUUCUGCACUGUUACCCAUCCAGGACUAUAAGUCUUCUACUUUCUAAUCUGGGGACAGAAAGGGGAGCAAAAUGGUGUUUAUGAGUGUCCUGGGCUGUUAGACGAGGGAUCAUUCCCAAGGGAUGGUUAAUCAGAAGAAGAUUCUCAAGACAAAGGCAAGCAGCACUUGAAACUGGACAAACGAUGGACAGUGGGCUGACUACUGGUGAAUGUGGAGCCUGCAGAAUGACGAGAGGACCAACUCAGCUCUGCCUCAGCUUCUAGGCAGUGCCCUGGCUCUGAGCAAGUAGCAGUGAGGCUCUGGAGAGAACUUGGGGUCUCUUUCCCAUGGGGCUUCUUGUCCACGUUGCUUCUCCUCUCCCACUGUUCCCUUCACUCUGAAAGCAUACUUUAUCUCAUCUCUGGGAGCAAAAACUCUAUCCGAAUGUACCUCAAUCUUUCCAUGUAGGGCUUAGUCAGUAGCUUUUUUGAAAGCUAAUGGUUGAAUAUUUGUUGUUGUUUUCUUAUGACACAUGACUAAUCAUUUACACAGUCUGGGAGAAGAGGGAAAACCCAGAAAUUAAUACUUUGAAGGGGUAUCCUGCCACAAUUCCUUCCUACUAUGUGUUUUUUGCAUUAUUGCCAAAGCCAAGAAAAUUACUAAAUAAUCCAUCUCUAUUAGUGAUCAGACACAUUUGAUUGACUAAAUAUUGAUUUAGACCACAAAAUAAUUAUUUUUCAGGGAAACUAAUUGUAGAAAAACUUUGAAUAUGAAAAUCACAUAUGUAACUUUUUUUU